UUUUAUUCCUCAACACAGGCAAUGAGAGUUUUCUUGAACAGUCGCCAUUGUAUCACAGGAUUCCAUCCUUUCAGGAGCCGGCGUUGCAGCGAUACGGAUGAGCACACCGAGUAGUUCAGGCGUGAGCUCGUCAGAAUACUCGCACCAUCUUCUUCCCCACUUCACAAGUAAUCAUCAGUGGUUUCUUGACUCCUCCCCAGCUAGGACGUGACUUCAAGAACCUCACCGGAGACGUUGGGACCACAACGCCACUUCAUCUUUACCCCUCGCCGGAUAUGCAAUAAUUGCCUGAAAUACUUUCAAACUUAUUCUCUCAGGAGUAGUAUACCCUCGAAGAGGGAUUUUGUAGACGUUUAUCGUCUUCGUUAAUAUACUCAAGAUGGAGUACAAGAUGAUUUCGACCGUCCUGGGCUGCUUAAUUCUUGUGCAUAUAACGGUCGCUCAGGAAUGUGCUGUGAAUCAGUGUUCCUCCGGUCUCAAUUGCUAUGAUAGGGAUGUUCCUGGAGAGCUACCUUAUGUCUGCGAAUGUAACGUACCCUUUUCGCAAGGCAUUGAAUGUACAGAAAGUGCUGACAACCAGGAAGUGUUUACAUGUUAUGGAGAUUCCUGCCAGAGCGGCAUCUUCAGGUCAAUCAACUACCCCAGUGAUUACAACAACAGGUACAGGGCCUUGUAUCUCUUGUAUGUACCAGGCGCUCAGAGCAUCACAUUCUCCUUCAGUGUCGAGUUUGAUAUUGAGGAAUUCAAGGAUGAACUCUAUAUCGGUUCUGGGUUGAUGUACAACGAUGUUCAGCUUGAUGGGCUUGGUAGCCCCCCUGAUUGGCACUUCUUUGAGGGUUCAAUCCGACCCCAGGAUUUCACUAUUCAGGGUGAUGUGGCCUGGAUGUACUUUGGAACUGACAAGAACAUUCAGAGGACUGGUUUCGAGGUCUCCUGGAAUGCUCUAGUGGAUAAUACCCCACCUGUUUUCAUCAACUGCCCAAGCAACAUUGGGGUCAACGUUGAGAUCGGAACCCCAAGUGCCUCAGUCACCUGGACUGUUCCCACUGCUGUUGAUGCCAGCAGCGUCUCCACAGUAUCCAGCCAUAACCCUGGUCAAUCCUUCACCACAGGCACAACCACAACAGUCGUCUACACCGCCUCGGAUGCUUUUGCAAACGUUGGGCAGUGUGCAUUCACCAUUACCGUCACAGCAACUGACACUACACCACCUGUCGUAACGGUGUCCAGUAGUACAAUCACCCGUCAAGUUGAAGUUGGAACCCCCGGUGUCAAUGUAUUUUUCACUGAGCCUACUGCUACUGAUAACUCUGGGCAAGCUAUCCUUAUCAGCCGUACUAACCAACCUGGAGACUUUUUCUCAGUCGGUCAGACCAUUGUGACCUACACUUUCCAAGAUCCUUCUGGAAACCCAGCCUCUGGCACUGUUACUAUCAAUGUUAUAGAAGUUGACAAUAUUCCACCCGUCGUAACGGUGUCCAGUAGUACAAUCACCCGUCAAGUUGAAGUUGGUUCCCCCGGUGUCAAUGUAUUUUUCACUGAACCUACUGCUACUGAUAACUCUGGCAUCGCCAUUCUUGUAAGCCGUACCAACCAGCCUGGAGACUUUUUCUCAGUCGGUCAGACCAUUGUGACCUACACUUUCCAAGAUCCUUCUGGAAACCCAGCCACUGGCACUGUUACUAUCAAUGUUAUAGAAGUUGACAAUAUUCCACCCGUCGUAACGGUGUCCAGUAGUACAAUCACCCGUCAAGUUGAAGUUGGUUCCCCCGGUGUCAAUGUAUUUUUCACUGAACCUACUGCUACUGAUAACUCUGGCAUCGCCAUUCUUGUAAGCCGUACCAACCAGCCUGGAGACUUUUUCUCAGUCGGUCAGACCAUUGUGACCUACACUUUCCAAGAUCCUUCUGGAAACCCAGCCACUGGCACUAUUACUAUCAAUGUUAUAGAAGUUGACAAUAUUCCACCCGUCGUAACGGUGUCCAGUAGUACAAUCACCCGUCAAGUUGAAGUUGGUUCCCCCGGUGUCAAUGUAUUUUUCACUGAACCUACUGCUACUGAUAACUCUGGCAUCGCCAAUCUUGUAAGCAGUACCAACCAGCCUGGAGACUUUUUCUCAGUCGGUCAGACCAUUGUGACCUACACUUUCCAAGAUCCUUCUGGAAACCCAGCCACUGGCACUGUUACUAUCAAUGUUAUAGAAGUUGACAAUAUUCCACCCGUCGUAACGGUGUCCAGUAGUACAAUCACCCGUCAAGUUGAAGUUGUCCCCGGUGUCAAUGUAUUUUUCACUGAACCUACUGCUACUGAUAACUCUGGCAUCGCCAAUCUUGUAAGCAGUACCAACCAGCCUGGAGACUUUUUCUCAGUCGGUCAGACCAUUGUGACCUACACUUUCCAAGAUCCUUCUGGAAACCCAGCCACUGGCACUGUUACUAUCAAUGUUAUAGAAGUUGACAAUAUUCCACCCGUCGUAACGGUGUCCAGUAGUACAAUCACCCGUCAAGUUGAAGUUGGUUCCCCCGGUGUCAAUGUAUUUUUCACUGAACCUACUGCUACUGAUAACUCUGGCAUCGCCAAUCUUGUAAGCAGUACCAACCAGCCUGGAGACUUUUUCUCAGUCGGUCAGACCAUUGUGACCUACACUUUCCAAGAUCCUUCUGGAAACCCAGCCACUGGCACUGUUACUAUCAAUGUUAUAGAAGUUGACACUACUCCACCUGUCGUAACGGUGUCCAGUAGUACAAUCACCCGUCAAGUUGAAGUUGGUUCCCCCGGUGUCAAUGUAUUUUUCACUGAACCUACUGCUACUGAUAACUCUGGCAUCGCAAAUCUUGUUAGCCGUACCAACCAGCCUGGAGACUUUUUCUCAGUCGGUCAGACCAUUGUGACCUACACUUUCCAAGAUCCUUCUGGAAACCCAGCGUCUGGCACUGUUACUAUCAAUGUUAUAGAAGUUGACACUACUCCACCUGUCGUAACGGUGCCCAGUAGUACAAUCACCCGUCAAGUUGAAGUUGGUUCCUCCGGUGUCAAUGUAUUUUACACUGAGCCUACUGCUACUGAUAACUCUGGGCAAGCUAUCCUUACCAGCCGUACCAACCAACCUGGAGACUUUUUCCCAGUCGGUCAGACCACUGUGACCUACACUUUCCAAGAUCCUUCUGGAAACCCAGCCUCUGGCACUGUUACUAUCAAUGUUAUAGAAGUUGACACUACUCCACCUGUCGUAACGGUGCCCAGUACUACAAUCACCCGUCAAGUUGAAGUUGGUUCCUCCGGUGUCAAUGUAUUUUACACUGAGCCUACUGCUACUGAUAACUCUGGGCAAGCUAUCCUUACCAGCCGUACCAACCAACCUGGAGACUUUUUCCCAGUCGGUCAGACCACUGUGACCUACACUUUCCAAGAUCCUUCUGGAAACCCAGCGUCUGCUACUGUUACUAUCAAUGUUAUUGAAGUUGACACUACUCCACCCGUAGUAACUGUGCCCAGUACUACAAUCACCCGUCAAGUUGAAAUCGGUACCCCUGGUGUCAAUGUGUUUUACACUGAGCCUACUGCUACUGAUAACUCUGGCAUCGCCAACCUUGUAAGCCGUACCAACCAACCUGGAGACUUUUUCCCAGUCGGUCAGACAGAUGUGACCUACACUUUCCAAGAUCCUUCUGGAAAUCCAUCUUCUGGCACUGUUACUAUCAAUGUUGUAGAAGUUGACACUACUUCACCCGUCAUAACUGUGCCCAGUAAUACAAUCACCCGUGAAGUUGAGCUCGGUACCCCUGGUGUCAAUGUGUUUUACACUGAGCCUACUGCUACUGAUAACUCUGGCAUCGCCAACCUUGUAAGCCGUACCAACCAACCUGGAGACUUUUUCAAUGUCGGUCAGACCGUUGUGACAUACACUUUCCAAGAUCCUUCUGGAAACCCAGCCUCUGGCACUGUUACUAUCAAUGUUGUAGAAGUGGACACUACACCACCUCAAGUCUUUGUGACCACCGGCGAAGUUGUUCGCACAGCACCUUUCGGAUCCUCAGGUGUAAAUGUCUUCUUCACCGAACCAGUUGCUAUUGAUAACUCCGGCACCGCAGACCUUGUGAGCCAAACGGCUCAGCCGGGCGAUUUCUUUCCAAUUGGAAGCACUGUGGUAACCUAUCGAUAUCGAGAUGCAUCGGGCAAUGAAGCUACCGGCACUUUCACUGUCACCGUUGAAGAAAUGGUUGAUACCACCCCACCUACAGUCACUGUCAGUGGAGGAAACAUCGUACGAACCGUGGAGCUUGGCCAGAGCCGUCUCUCGGUGAUCUACACCGAGCCAACCGCUACUGAUAACUCUGGGGAAGCCAACCUGGUGAGCCGCACAGCUCAGCCUGGCGAUCUCUUCCCCGUCGGCACCACAACCGUGGAGUACGUCUAUCAGGAUCCUGCUGGUAACGAGGGUAGAGGUCAAUUCACGGUGACCGUCAUUGCUGUUGACACCACCCCACCUUCCGUCAACUGUCCUAACAACGUAUUCCAAGAAGUGGAACUCGGUACCUCCAGUGCCCCGGUCUUCUUCACCGAACCAACUGCCUUUGACAUUUCCGGACAAGCCAACCUUGUGACCCGAACAGCAGCCCCAGGAGAUUCCUUCCCUGUAGGGACUACCUCCGUGUCUUACAUCUUCAGUGAUAACUCUGGAAACGAGGCUGAACCCUGUACUUUCACAGUAACCAUCUCCGCAGUCGAUACCACACCACCCACUGUCAACUGUAUCAACAAUGUCGCUCAGACGGUCCAGCUCGGCACCGGCAGCACCCAGGUUUUCUUUACAGAACCUACCGCCUUUGAUAUCUCAGGACAGACCAGCCUGGUGACUCGCACAUCAGCUCCAGGGGACAGCUUCCCAGUGGGUACCACAAGUGUCACCUACAUUUUCACUGAUGCCUCAGGCAACAACGCCCAGCCUUGUACCUUCAAUGUGGUUAUCAAUGCAGUUGACACCACCCCACCAACGGUUAAUUGCGCCAACAACAUUGCUCAGACCAUUGAACUUGGAUCGACCAGUGCCGUCGUGAACUAUGCCGAGCCAUCCGCUACAGACAUCUCUGGAACAGCUUUCCUAGUGUCCAGGAGUAGCUCACCAGGAGAUUCAUUCCCCAUCGGCUCGACCACCGUCACCUACAUCUUCAGUGACCAGAGCGGCAAUGAAGCACCACCUUGUGUCUUCACAGUCACCAUUGGAACUGUUGACACCAUGAUGCCCAUGUUUACUAGCUGCCCAAACAACAUUGUUCAGUCAGUCGAGCUCGGAGUCCCAGGAACUGUCAUCAGCUGGACCACUCCCACGGCCAACGAUGCCGCAGGUAUCGCUUCAAUCGUAUCCAACCUCCAACCCGGAUCGUUCUUCACUGUCGGAGAGUCGGCGACCGUCACGUACGUUGCGACUGAUAACAGCGGCCUGACCGACAACUCCUGUUCAUUUACAGUCACCGUCUUUGCAGUUGACACUACACCACCCUCCGUGGUCUGUACCAACAAUGUUUUCCAGACUGUCGAACUUGGCACAAACCCUGUUCAGGUUUUCUACACCGAGCCAACAGCCUCUGAUAUUUCCGGCCAGGCCAACCUCGUAAGCAGGACAAACGUUCCAGGAGAUUCCUUCCCGGUAGGAACCUCGACGGUGACCUACGUCUUUGCUGACAACUCUGGCAACACUGCAGAUGCCUGUUCUUUCACUAUCACUGUCACAGCUCAGGACACAACGCCUCCUACCGUGAACUGCAUCACCAAUAUCGUACGAACCGUGGAGUUGGGUACCAGCAGUGUUCAGGUCUUCUAUAAUGAACCAACGGCAUCUGAUCUUGGCCAGGCAAGUCUUGUCAGUAGGACCGCCCAGCCGGGAGAUAACUUCCCCGUCGGUGUGAACCCAGUGACCUACGUCUUUGGGGACAACUCUGGCAACCAGGCUGACCCCUGCACCUUCACCAUCACUGUGAACACACAGGAUACAACUCCACCAACGGUGACCUGCAUAAGCGACAUCACCCGCGUUGUGGAACUGGGAACAACGAGCGUCGGCAUAUCGUACACGGAGCCAACCGCCACCGACAUCUCUGGUACCGCUACCCUGGAUUCGCGAUCCCAUACCCCAGGGCAGAACUUCCCUGUUGGCUCCACUGUUGUCUCCUACUUCUUCAGUGAUGCGAGCGGUAACAACGCCCAGGUCUGCUCCUUCACCGUCACCGUCAAUAGUCAGGAUACAACUCCACCCACUGUUUCCAACUGCCCCUCAAACAUUGUCCAAUCUGUGGAGUUGGGUACGCCCGGAGCCACUGUGACCUUUAACCCUCCCACCGCAACGGAUGUCGCCGGGGUCGCAUCCAUCGUCUCCAACGUCCAAUCAGGAACGUUCAUCACCACUGGCGAGACGAGGCAGGUCACAUACACCGUCACGGACAACAGCGGGCUCACAGACACCUCCUGUACUUUCACCAUCACGGUGUUCUCUGUUGAUACUACUCCUCCUGUCAUAACUGUGCCCAGUAAUACAAUCACCCGCGUAGUUGAGCUCGGUAACUCGGGUGUCAAUGUAUUUUACUCUGAACCUACGGCAAGUGAUAUCUCUGGCACCGCCAAUCUUGUAUCCCGCACUGCACAACCUGGAGACUUUUUCCCAGUUGGUCAGACCGUUGUGACCUACACUUUCCGUGACCCGUCCGGAAACCCAGCCACUGGCACUGUUACAGUCAAUGUAAUAGAAGUUGAUACCACACCGCCCUCUGUGGUGUGUACUAGCACCAUCGUCCAGACAGUUGAGCUUGGCACGGCAAGUGCCCAAGUGUUCUAUACUGAGCCCACCGCUUCAGACGUCUCAGGCCAGGCCAUCCUUGAAAGCAGGACAAACAUGCCAGGAGAUUCCUUCCCGGUUGGAACCACAACAGUGACCUACAUCUUUGCUGACAACUCUGGAAACACUGCGGAUGAUUGUUCCUUCACUAUCACAAUUACAGCUCAGGAUACUACACCGCCCUCAGUUAUCUGUACGAACAGUGUCUCGCGCACCGUGGAGCUUGGAACCACAAGCGUACCCGUCUUCUUCACCGAAGCUACUGCUUCUGAUAUCUCGGGAGUGGCCAACCUAGUGACCAGGACUGCAGCGCCUGGUGAUUCCUUCCCCGUUGGCGUUACCACAGUGACCUACAUCUUCUCUGAUAACUCUGGUAACCAGGCCGACCCCUGCGUCUUCACCAUCACUGUCGAUACAGUGGAUACCACUCCCCCAAGUGUCACCUGCAUCGACAACAUCGUACGCACCGUUGAGUUGGGAACCAGCAGCGUCGUCAUCUUCUACUCUGAGCCUUCGGCAUCGGACGUCUCUGGACAGGCUUUCCUUUCCUCACGUAGCAACGCCCCUGGAGAUUCUUUCCCCGUCGGUACUACCGUUGUAUCGUACAUCUUCACUGACCCCAGUGGCAAUAAUGCAGAUCCAUGCGUCUUCACUGUCACAGUCACCACCACCGAUACCACCGACCCGACAGUCACGAACUGCCCAUCGGACAUCGUACAGACCGUUGAGCUUGGCACCACCGGGACCAGCAUCACCUAUAACACCCCAACAGCCACGGAUCUCGCCGGUAUCGCAUCCAUUACCUCCAACGUCCAGUCCGGUACCUUCUUCAGCGUCAACAUGCCCCAGCAGAUCACAUUCACAGUGACGGAUAAUAAUGGCAAUACCAAUACCGACUGUACCUUCACAGUAAAUGUUAUCCCUGUUGACACUACCCCACCUACUAUAAACGUACCCAGUAAUACAAUCACCCGUCAAGUUGAACUUGGUGAACCGGGUGUCAACGUAGAUUACCCCGAACCAACGGCAAGUGAUAUCUCUGGCGUUGCCAACCUUGUAUCCCGUACCGCCCAACCUGGAGACUUUUUCCCAGUCGGUCAGACCGUUGUGACCUACACUUUCCAAGAUCCUUCUGGAAACCCAGCCUCUGGCACUGUUACUGUCAAUGUUGUACCAGUUGACACUACCCCACCUACUAUAAAUGUGCCCAGUAAUACAAUCACCCGUCAAGUUGAACUCGGUACUCCUGGACUCAACAUAAAUUAUCCUGAACCAACGGCAAGUGAUAUCUCUGGCGUUGCCAAUCUUGUAUCCCGUACCGCCCAACCUGGAGACUUUUUCCCAGUUGGUCAGACCGUUGUGACCUACACUUUCCAAGAUCCUUCUGGAAACCCAGCUUCUGGCACUGUUACUGUAAAUGUUGAAACAGUUGACACUACCCCACCUACUAUAACCGUGCCCAGUAAUACAAUCACCCGUCAAGUUGAACUCGGUACUCCUGGAGUCAGCGUAUUUUACCAGGAACCUACGGCAACUGAUAUCUCUGGCACCGCCAAUCUUGUAUCCCGUACCGCCCAACCUGGAGACUUUUUCCCAGUCGGUCAGACCGUUGUGACCUACACUUACGAAGAUCCUUCUGGAAACCCAGCCUCUGGCACUGUUACUGUAAAUGUUGAAACAGUUGACACUACCCCACCUACUAUAACCGUGCCCAGUAAUACAAUCACCCGUCAAGUUGAACUCGGUACUCCUGGAGUCAGCGUAUUUUACCAGGAACCUACAGCAACUGAUAUCUCUGGCACCGCCAAUCUUGUAUCCCGUACCGCCCAACCUGGAGACUUUUUCCCAGUCGGUCAGACCGUUGUGACCUACACUUACGAAGAUCCUUCUGGAAACCCAGCCUCUGGCACUGUUACUGUAAAUGUUGAAACGGUUGACACUACCCCACCUACUAUAACUGUGCCCAGUAAUACAAUCACCCGUCAAGUUGAACUCGGUACUCCUGGACUCAGCGUAGUUUAUCCUGAACCUACGGCAACUGAUAUCUCUGGUGUUGCCAAUCUUGUAUCCCGUACCGCCCAACCUGGAGACUUUUUCCUAGUCGGUCAGACCGUUGUGACCUACACUUACGAAGAUCCUUCUGGAAACCCAGCAUCUGGCACUGUAACUGUCAAUGUUGUAGAAGUUGACACUACCCCACCUACUAUUACCGUGCCCAGUAAUACUAUCACCCGUCAAGUUGAACUCGGUACUCCUGGACUCAGCGUAGUUUACCCUGAACCCACGGCAAGUGAUAUCUCUGGUGUUGCCAAUCUUGUAUCCCGUACCGCCCAACCUGGAGACUUUUUCCCAGUUGGUCAGACCGUUGUGACCUACACUUAUCAAGAUCCUUCAGGAAACCCAGCCUCUGGCACUGUUACUGUCAAUGUUGUAGAAGUUGACACUACUCCUCCUGUCAUAACUGUGCCAAGUAGUACAAUCACCCGUGUAGUUGAGCUCGGUACCUCGGGUGUCAACGUAGUUUACCAGGAACCUACGGCAACUGAUAUCUCUGGCACCGCCAAUCUUGUAUCCCGCACCGCACAAUCUGGAGACUUUUUCCCAGUCGGUCAGACCGUUGUGAGCUACACUUUCCGUGACCCGUCCGGAAACCCAGCCACUGGCACUGUUACAGUCAAUGUAAUAGAAGUUGAUACCACACCGCCUUCUGUGGUGUGUACUAGCAGCAUCGUCCAGACAGUUGAACUUGGCACGGCAAGCGUCCAAGUGUCAUACACUGAGCCCACCGCCUCGGACGUCUCGGGCCAGGCCAACCUUUUAAGCAGGACAAACACGCCAGGAGAAUCCUUCCCAGUUGGAACCACAACAGUGACCUACGUCUUUGCUGACAACUCUGGAAACACUGCGGAUGAUUGUUCCUUCACUAUCACAAUUACAGCUCAGGAUACUACACCGCCCUCGGUUAUCUGUACGAACAGUGUCUCGCGCACCGUGGAGCUUGGAACCACAAGCGUACCCGUCUUCUUCACCGAACCCACUGCUUCUGAUAUCUCGGGAGUGGCCAACUUGGUGACCAGGACUGCAGCACCCGGUGAUAACUACCCUGUUGGCGUUACCACAGUGACCUACAUCUUCUCUGAUAACUCUGGAAACCAGGCCGACCCCUGCGUCUUCACCAUCACUGUUGAUACAGUGGAUACCACUCCCCCAAGUGUCACCUGUGUAGACAACAUCGUACGCACCGUUGAGUUGGGAACCAGUGGCACCGUCGUCUUCUACUCGGAGCCUUCAGCAUCGGACAUCUCUGGACAGCCUUUCCUUUCCUCACGUAGCAAUGCCCCUGGAGAUUCUUUCCCAGUCGGUACUACCGUUGUAUCGUACAUCUUCACUGACCCCAGUGGCAAUAAUGCUGAUCCAUGCGUCUUCACUGUCACAGUCACCACCACCGAUACCACUGACCCGACAGUCACGAACUGCCCAUCAGACAUCGUCCAAACCGUUGAGCUUGGCAUCACUGGAACCGGCGUCACCUUCACCACCCCAACAACGACAGAUCUUGCCGGUAUCGCAUCCGUUACCUCCAACGUUCAGUCCGGUACCUUCUUCAGCGUCAACAUGCCCCAGCAGAUCACGUUCACGGUGACGGAUAACAAUGGCAACACCAAUACUGACUGUACCUUCACAGUAACUGUUAUUGACGUUGAUACCACCCCGCCCAGCGUGGUGUGUGUUUCGAACAUCAAUGAAAUCAUCGAGCUUGGAGUUCCUUCGCUUCAGAUCAACUACCCCGAGCCCACCGCAAGUGACAUCUCUGGCACCACUACCCUGGUGAGCCGUACCAACCUUCCCGGGGAGUUCUUCCCUGUUGGAACGACGGAAGUGACCUACAUCUUCACCGAUGCCUCGCAGAACGAAGCCGACCCAUGCACCUUUACCAUCACCGUCACUGCAGUUGAUACUACUCCUCCGUCUGUAACCUGUCAGUCUGCCAUCACACGUGUCAUUGAGUUGGGUAACAGCGGAGUGGAAGUGUUCUACAAUGAACCCUCGGCAACGGAUAUCUCCGGGCAGGUGAACCUUCUUAGCCAGAGUGCGUCGUCCGGUGAUGUAUUCCCCGUUGGCGUGACCUCAGUGACCUACAUCUUUGGUGAUAACUCUGGCAACCAGGCCGAUCCAUGCACCUUUACUGUGACUGUCGACACUGUUGAUACGACCCCACCUACUGUCCAGUGCAUAGAUAACAUCUUCCGAAACGUGGAGCUUGGAACCCCCAGUCUGGUUGUCUUCUACUCCGAGCCCUCGGCCUCCGACAUCUCUGGCCAGCCUCUCCUGGAUUCCCGUACUAGCGCCCCAGGUGAUGCCUUCCCCAUCGGAACCACCACCGUCUCGUACAUCUUCUCCGACCCCAGUGGCAAUGAUGCUCCUCCUUGCAUCUUCACUGUCACCAUCUCGGCCACCGAUACGACUACACCCACGGUCACAAACUGCCCCUCCAGCAUCUCCCAAUCCGUGGAGCUUGGAACCACCGGUAGAGUCAUUACAUACACCGCACCCACUGGUAUGGAUCUCUCAGGGAUCGCAUCCAUCGUCCCCAACAUCCAGUCCGGAACCUUCUUCGCCGUGGGCGAGACCAGGCAGGUCGUCUACACUGUCACAGAUAACAGUGGACUGACCGAUACCUCCUGUGCUUUCACAGUCACUAUCUUCUCUGUUGAUACCACUCCACCUGAUGUUACAUGCGCCAUGAACAUCAUCCAGAGUGUGGAGCUUGGAACCCAGUCGGUACCUAUUACCUACGAGGAACCCACUGCUACAGACAUCUCUGGUGUGGCCAUUCUGACCAGUCAGACCCACUCUCCAGGAAACCUCUUCCCCGUUGGCCAGACCACCGUUACCUACAUCUUUGCCGAUGGAGCAGGCAACGAGGCCGACCCUUGCACCUUCGUAAUCACCAUCAUCGCUGAUGACACCACUCAUCCUACCGUCGUCUGUACCAACGACGUCACACGCACCAUCGAGCUUGGGAACCCCAGCGUGGAGGUCUUCUACCAGGUCCCCACCGCAACCGAUAUUUCUGGCACCGAGGCGGUCAUCAGCAACUCCAACAAUCCCGGUGAUAUCUUCCCCGUUGGUCAAACCACGGUGACCUACGUCUUUGCCGACGAAUCUGGAAACGUGGCUCCUGCAUGCUCUUUCCUCAUCACUGUGAAUACAAUUGACACCACACCACCUACCGUCCAGAACUGUCCUCAGGACGUCGCCGUCACCGUCGAGCUCGGCACCGCCUCUACCCCCGUCGUUUGGGGUACGCCCUCUGCUACAGACAUCUCUGGAACCGCCACCAUCCAGUCCCAGACCAGACAACCUGGUGAUGAGUUUGGCGCAAGCACCACCACCACCGUCACCUACAUCUUCGUUGAUGCUUCCAACAAUUUGGCUGAUCCCUGCACCUUCACCGUGACAGUCAAUACUGAGGAUACGACUUCACCAUCCGUCCAGAACUGUCCAGCUGACAUCGUCCGCACCAUCGAGGUCAACUCGGCUACUCAGGUACCUAUCACCUGGAGUCCACCAACAGCCACCGAUACUUCAGGAACACAGUUCAUCAGCUCGCAGACCCACAGUGUUGGCCAGUCCUUCCCUCUUGGAACAACCCAGGUCAUCUACAUCUUCUCCGAUGCCUCAGGAAACGAUGCCGACCCUUGCGCCUUCAAUGUCAUUAUCCUUACUGAGGACACAACUGCACCUGUCGUCCUGAACUGCCCCGCUGACAUCACCGAGACCACACCCCUCAACUCCGGCGGUACCGUCAUCACGUUCAUCGUCCCGACAGCGGUGGACAACUCCAACCAGGAGCCAACUGUCUCGAUCUCCAACCAACCCAACACCUUCUUCGGAACUGGAGAGACUGUCGUCACGUACACCUUCACCGAUCAGGCCGGCAACCCCUCAAGCUGUUCUUUCACUGUCACCGUCAUUGAAGUUGACACAGAGAAGCCUGUCAUCCAGAACUGCCCAACGGUAAUCAACGUCAACACCCCUCUUGGAACUGCCCUGACCCCAGUCAACUGGCCAAGCUUGCAGGUGUCGGAUAACUCCGGACAGACGUCCGUCCAGUCUCAGUCGGCUUCCUCUGGAGAUUCUUUCCCACCAGGAAGGACGACAGUCACCAUCAUCUAUCAGGAUCCUUCCUCCAACACCGAUACGUGUCAGUUCAGCGUCAUCGUUACUGAAGUUGACAACGUUGUACCCGAGAUCCUGUCCUGCCCAUCCGACAUUGUAUCCGAAGUCCCAGUGGAGGCUUCCGGUUCAUCAGUCACCUGGACCAGCCCUGUGGUCACUGACAACUCUGGCCUUGCCCCGACUGUGACCAGCAGCAGCAUCCCAGGCAGCUUCUUCCUUCGUGGUACCACCCAGGUCACCUAUACCUUCACAGAUAACUCUGGAAACCAGGUGUCUUGUUCCUUCGUUGUGACGGUCAUUGCCGUUGAUGACGUUGCCCCGGUCGUGGUCUGCCCUGAAAACAGUGUACAGACUGUCCUUGAAGGAGUCGACAAUGCCUACGUAACCUUUGACCUGCCAACUGUGACGGAUAACAACGGCGCCACCAACCUUGUGUCGUCAACGGCCAACAGCGGAGAUGCAUUCCCUGUCGGUACCACAGUCGUGACCUUCAAUUAUGCCGAUACCAAUAACAACGAAGCAUCGUGUAGCUUCAGCGUCACUGUCCUUACAGAUACUCCAUGCGCACCCAACCCUUGCUUUAACGGUGGUGCCUGCGUAGUCAACAGCUUGACCGAGUACCAAUGCGUCUGUACAGAGUGCUUCACCGGCACCAACUGCGAGACCCAGCUCAACGCCUGUGACGCCAACCUCUGCCAGAACGGUGCCGCCUGUAUGGCUUACGAGGGAUCCUGCGAUAGCUACUUCUGCGAGUGUCCGUCCUGCUUCGUGGGUGUCUACUGCGACGUGCCUGUGGAUGCCUGUGACAAUCACCAAUGCCAGAACGGAGCUGCCUGCGUCCUGGAUGAUAACACCUGUCUGACCUACACCUGCUCUUGCCCACUGUGCUACACUGGACAAUACUGUCAGGCCAAGGUAGAUGCAUGCGACAAUAACCAGUGUCAGAAUGGCGCUGCCUGUGAGGCUGUAGGAGAACUGUGUACUGAAUACACCUGUCAGUGUUCCGGUUGCUUCACUGGAGAUCUCUGUGAUGAAGUGCGUGAUCCAUGCAGCCCCAGCCCAUGUCUGAACAAUGCUCAGUGUAACGUCCUGGGUGACAACUGUUACUCAUACACCUGCGAGUGCGUUGGAUGCUUUACUGGAUUCAACUGCGAAGAUCCUAUCACAUCACCAUGUGAGAACAGCCCAUGUCAGAAUGGCGGAGUCUGCUCAGCAAUUGCUGGAGUGUGCUCUGGAUACCAAUGUACAUGUCAAAAUGGAUUCGCAGGGGUGAACUGUGAGGAUGUCACCAUCGUCAACACCAAUCCAUGCAACAACUUCCCAUGUGCCAACGGUGCCACGUGCGUCAACAUUGACUCCAACGACUACACCUGUCUGUGUAGAAGUGGUUACACUGGAAUCAACUGCCAGACUCCUACAGCCAACGCUCCAGGUCAGGACCCAUGCAACUCUUCACCAUGCCAGAACGGAGCCACCUGUGUGAACAGCUACGAUAGCAACACCGGAACUAACUUCUAUCUACCCCAGUACACCUGCAUCUGUGAGACAGGAUACACUGGACCAAACUGUGGAUCUACCACAGCUGCCAAUCCAUUAUUGGAUGUAUGUACCAUUGGUACUGAGUUGGCCUGCCAGAAUGGUGGAGCAUGUAAGAACAUGUAUCAGAGCUUUUCACAGGACAUGGAUUACUAUUGUGAUUGCCCUAUUGGAUGGACUGGACAUACUUGUGAAACGCCAUCUGCCAACCCAUGUGCCAGUGGUCCAUGUGAGAACGGUGGUAUCUGCAAUCCCUCCAACACCUACUUCGAAUGUGACUGCCCAGCCGGUUUCUUCGGAACUACCUGCGAGGUCGCCCAGGGUGACAAUGAACCACCAACCAUCACCAACUGUCCCGAGGACAUCACCCGUACCAUCUCAUCUGGAAGCGGUAUCUCAGUCUCAUGGCUCGAGCCAACCGCUACAGAUGCCGGCACCACGCAGCGUUUCCUGCGAUCUCACGUCCCUGGAUCUUUCUUCCAGUUGGGAGACACCGCUGUCACCUACGUCUUCUCUGAUAACAGCGCAAACCUGGCUAGAUGUUCCUUCUUUGUCACUGUCACAUUGACAGAGACCGACAACGUCCCACCUGUCGUCCAGAACUGCCCAUCCACCACAGUCGCCCAGGCCACCGGAGGUAGCACCAACGCCCAGGUAUCCUGGAUCGAGCCCUCAGCCACCGAUGACAGCGGAACCGCCGUCAGGGUCUCCAACAACUACAGCCCUGGCCAGAGCUUCCCAGUGGGUGAAACUGUUGUUGCCUACACCUUCACCGAUGAUGCAGGAAACCAGAACACUUGUACUUUCUCCGUCAGGGUUGUUGUUGAGCUCAUCAACCAGUCCCCGACCGUCACCUUCUGCCCCUCCGGCUCGCUUGUCUACUCGACCCUAGGUGCUGACGAAGUUGUUGUCAACUUCCCCGCACCCACCGCCGUCGACGACUCUGGUUUCUCACCAUCAGUCAACUCUAACUACCUUCCUGGCCAGUCCUUUGCUGUAGGAUCCUACACAGUGACCUAUACUUUCACCGAUAACGCUGGCUUGACCAGUGACUGUACCUUCAACAUGCAAGUUGUCUCUGGAGGUGACGUAAGGCCACCCACCAUCUCAAACUGCCCUGAAGGCGCCGUCACCGCCCUUGCCGCAGCCAGCGCCACAGGCGCCUCCGUAUCUUGGACAGUCCCUACUGCUUCCGACGAGUCCGGCUCCGUGAGCUCCACCAGCAACUACAGCCCUGGAGCAGUCUUCCCGAUCGGUACCACGACAGUGACCUACACAUUCACCGACCUUGCAGGAAAUGAAGCUAGGUGCCUCUUCAAUGUCAUUGUUACAGGAACCAACGUGAACGAGACCCCUGCACCAUCUAACCUAAACCUUUCCCCUGGCACCAGCACCAUCACAGCAACCUGGUCGCCGCCCAACGGUGCUUUCAACAGUUACCAGAUCACCGUCAGCGGUGGUUCCACUGUCAACACCGAGACCCUACCGCAAUCCUCCAGCUCUUACACGAUCACUGGCCUCAACCCUGCUACCUCUUACACUGUCACUCUGACCGCCAACGGCAACACUGGACCUAGCAACGCCGUAUCAGCAUCGACUACAACCAGUCCAGAGCAAGGCCAGCCACCUUCAUCUCCAUCCAACAUCCGCCUUUCCCCCAACGAGAACUCUGUCGUCGUCUUCUUUGAUGCCGCCUCUGGGGACAUCACUGGCUACUCCAUCGGUCUUGGUACCACAUCCAGCGCCAAUGACGUGACGGCUACCCUCUCCCCCGGGUCAACUGGGUAUACCUUCAGCAACCUGGCACCUGACACCCUCUACUUCGUCUCCCUCCAGGCUUUCAACAACUUUGGCUCGAGCCAGUCCGUUGUGGAAUCCAUUACAACCUCCAAUGUUGUCGUCCCAGGAUCUGACAUUGUAAUCGCCAACUGCCCUGUAGCACUCGCUGCAUCUCUGCCCUUCGGAACCUUUGCCUUCGUAGACUGGGAAGAACCCACCGCCACCUCUUCUGUUGGUGCCGUCACCCGGGUGGGCGGGCCAUUCAGCCCCAGCGGUUUCUUCCAGCUUGGCGUCACUCCAAUCAUCUAUGAGUUCGAAGAUGUCAACGGGAAUUCCGCCACCUGCGCGUUCUCAAUCUAUGUUACCGACGGCAGCGACACUACUGCCCCAGAGAUCACAUUCUGUCCCAGCAACGUCUUCGUCCAGGCUGCGUCAGGUGCCAGCAGUGCUACGGCCUCCUGGGACGUCCCUACCGCUACCGAUGCCUCAGAACCCAUCACAGCAGUCAGCAACUACUCGCCUGGUGAUUCCUUUGACGUUGGUACUUACCUGGUCUUCUAUAACCUUAUCGAUAGUGCUGGUUUCUACUCGACCUGCAGCUUUGAGGUCACUGUCACUUCAAGUGGAGUGGUCAUCGACAGGGAGAACCCCGUCCUGAACGGCUGUCCAACCAACAUCGUUGCCAACGCCAGCCCUGAUAGCUCGACCACUGUGGUUUCAUGGCUUGCUCCUGUGGCAUCAGACAACUCUGGCUCCGCUACCCUGACGGUCAACCGACCACCAGGCAGUUCCUUCGCUAUUGGAUCUACCCAGGUCACUUACACGGCUACCGAUCCCACUGGGAACUUUGUCACCUGCAGCUUCGACAUCAUUGUCUUGUCUUCCGGUGACAACACAGCUCCAGUCCUGUCCAACUGUCCUUCAGACCAAACCGUAUUUGCCUCUCAAAAUGCCCAAGGCGCUGUAGCUACAUGGUCAGCACCGACUGCUUCUGAUAACUCUGGUGACUUCGUGUCGAUCAAUAGUGACUUCAGCUCCGGAACCGUAUUCCCGAUCGGCGUGAGCACGGUGACCUACACUGCUACGGACAGCUCAGGCAACCAAGACACUUGCCAGUUCUCUGUUACAGUCAUAGGUGCUACUGACAACCUUGGCCCAGUCACCUCCAACUGCCCCACGUCCCAGACUGUCAAUGCUGCAGUAGGAGCCAGCUCUGCCGUCGCCACCUGGAGCGAACCCAUCUUUACCGAUGCCUCGGGUGUGGCCACCGUCACCAGCAACUUCGUCUCUGGCUCCUCUUUCGCCAUUGGCACCAGCACCGUCACUUACACAGCAACCGAUUUCCUCGGCAACUCUGGAGAAUGUUCCUUCAAUAUCUUUGUCAAUACCGGAACGGACGGAACUCGACCAACCUUCCUCAACUGCCCAAGCAACAUCGACGUGACCGUCCCCUUCGGUAGCAGUGGAACUUCCGUCACCUGGACCGAGCCCAUUGCUGUGGACAACAGUGGUGUAGCCAACAGUGUGGUCUCUCAGAGCCCUGGAUCUUUCUUCGCCGUGGGAGCCACUAACGUGGUGUACACCGCCACAGACCUAAGCGGCAACACUGGAACCUGCUCUUUCUUUGUCACCGUCUCAGAGGAGGCACUUGUUGAUGUGACUCCACCAGAACUUUUCAACUGCCCUACCGGAAUCUCUGCCACCGCAAACCCUGGCUCAUCCUUCGCCGCCGUUACCUGGACUCCUCCCACUGCGACAGAUAACCUUGGAGUCCCCGCUGUCUCUAGCAACUUCCCGUCGGGCUCGUCCUUCCCAAUCGGCACCACCUUGGUUACCUACACCGCUAUCGAUAACUUCGGUAACGAUGCCUCCUGCAGCUUCAACGUGGUCGUCUCCUCCGGCACCAGCAAUUCCGCACCAAUCGUCACCUUCUGCCCCAAUAAUGGACAGAUCUAUUUCACUGCACCCGCUUCCAACAGCGUCAUUGUCAACUUCGCUCCACCCACUGCGACGGACGACUCUGGAUCCGUCACAUCGACCUCCUCCAACCUACCAGGAGAUGAGUUCCCUGUUGGAGUGAACACCGUCACCUACACCUUCAGCGAUGAUCAAGGACUUACAGCAAGCUGUAGUUUCUCAUUUGAAGUCCAAGUUGGUGCCAACCCGUGUUCCAGCAACCCAUGCGCUCCCAGUGAACAGUGCUUCUACAUCCCAUCCCGAUUCCUGUGUAUCGCCAACGGCAGGAGGAGGAGAGAAGCAGAGAUGCUCGACCUUAGCGACAUCUGCCCCUGCCAGAAUGGUGGUAUGUGUCUCCUAGACGACGCCACAUCCUCGGCCACCUGUGAAUGCCCUAUUGGAUACGCUGGUGUGCUCUGCGAGAUGGAUACAAUGCCUGCUGCAAACGUAAACGUCCACAACAGGUAUGCUGACGAACAUGAGAUCCAAGAAUGGUCCAAUGGAAACAGCGCCCUCUUGUGGUCCGUUAUAAUCUGCAUGGCGAUUAUGCUUGUCGUCAUCAUCUCUCUAUCUGGGUUGCUUUGUUACGUCAUACCGCGCAUCGGCAUGGCUCGUCGACAACAUAGCAAGAUAGAUGAAAUCCCAAUCCUUCAAUAAACAGAACACUGCUCACAAGACUUAUCUAAAUCUAAUCUAAGUUUGAUGCUUUCGUGCCUUCACUAGAAAAAGCCAUUGUGUAAUCCCAAUGGUAAAUUAUUGAAAUUGAAAUAUUGGGAUGUACAUGUGAGGAGAAGUUUGAUAUAUUUCUAUGCAAAACAUGAAUUCAAAUGGCCGGUAAUUAGUAUUUUCGUGAAAUCUUGUGGCCAUUUUGCAAUGUUCGUUUGUCGAUGUAUUGUGGUAUAAAUGUCUGUAAAUACUGUACGCUUAAUGGUAGAUUCUUAGUUCCAUAGUUUCAUGUUGAUAUAAGACGUAGUGGAAUGCUGAUACAUGGAGGUGUCGUUUUCAAUGUGCUGCUUGGAUGUCGAUGCGAUUUCUUUUACGUCUCUUGAAACUAUUUGUUAAUUAUAUGUUGUGUUAAUACUCUGGGAUUACUCUAAGAAUAUUCUCUCCCCGUGAACACUUACUAGCCUUUCUCUCUGAAAUUCAGUCUAGAAAUGCCGUAAUGGUUUUGUUCCGACAGAACUGAUCAUUUGUUUUUUUUCAAACUAAUUGUUGACGGCUUAGAAGUGAAUGCCAACUGAAAAAUAAGGCUAUGUUUGGGUUGUUUUGUUGGGAGGGAGUAAUGUUUGGAAGUAUUUUUUACUUUAUUUCGCUUCAGGUAUGCUUAUAAGCAAUGUCGUGGGAUUUAAAUCCCGGCUAUCAUAUAUUGAACCUACUAUAUUCCAUUUUCAAAGUAUUCAAACACCAAAGCAUUUCAGAAAUGCCAAAUAUAUAAUGUUUUAUAUUGCAUUGAUUUAUAUAUAUUGCAGAAUUUUAUAUUGAACUACAUCAAUUCUGUUUUUUUAUUUCAAAUUUUAUCUUUGUCAUGAAGUUGUGGCUAUCUGGAAUAUGAAUUCAUUUAGUGACUUGUGUUUGUGUUCAAAUAGAUAUGAGUUUUGAAAAUAUCUCAAUUUAUAUAAUGAAAUUAAAAAUGGCCUGAUAGCAUAUACAUA